GCACGUAGUGUUUGUGAAGUUGGUUGCUGGGGGGAUAGAUGGAGAAGAAGAGGUUGGAGUUCGAGGUUGCCGAUGACGACCACGAGGCGUGGGUGCACGACUCCUCCGUGGAUCACCGCGGGAGGACUCCCUGCCGCGCCACCACCGGGUCGUGGAAGGCCGCAGUGUUCAUCAUCUUGAUCGAGUUCAGCGAGAGGCUGAGCUACUUCGGCAUAGCCACGAGCCUGAUGAUCUACCUCACCAAGGUGCUGCAAGAGGAGAUGAAGGUGGCGGCCAAGAAUGCCAACUACUGGGUGAGCGUCACCACGCUCAUGCCCUUGCUCGGCGGCUUCCUCGCCGACGGCUACCUCGGCAGGUUCUCCACCGUCGUCGUCUCCACCGCCGUCUACCUGCUGGGUCUGACGGUGCUGGCGACGGCGCAGCUGGCGCCGCGGCUGGGGCCCGCCCGCUCGCCGCGCCUGCACGAGGCGCUCUUCUUCGCCGGCAUCUACCUGGUGUCCAUCGGCACGGGCGGCCACAAGCCGGCGCUGGAGAGCUUCGGCGCGGACCAGUUCGACGAGGCCCACCCGGCGGAGCGCGUGCAGAAGAUGUCCUUCUUCAACUGGUGGAACUGCGCGCUCUGCUCGGGCGUCCUGCUCGGCGUCACCGCCAUAGUCUACGCGCAGGACCGCGUCGGCUGGGGCGCCGCCACCGUCGCGAUCGCCGCCGUCAUGGCCGCCUCGCUCGCCGUCUUCCUCGCUGGGCGCCGGUCCUAUCGCUACAGGGUGCCCGGGGGCAGCAGCCCGCUCACGCCGCUGCUCCAGGUCCUCGUCGCCGCCUUCUGGAAGAGGCGGCUCCCGCUGCCGGCCGACGCCGCCGAGCUGUACGAGGUCAGGCCGCGGACGCAGAGUAGCAAAAAGAGGCUGCUUUGCCACACCUACCAGCUGAGGUUCCUCGACAGGGCGGCCAUAGUGGAGCCCGGCGCCGACGAGGGCGCCUGCGGGCCGUGGCGGCUGGCGACGGUGACGCAGGUGGAGGAGACGAAGCUGGUGGUGGCGAUGGUGCCCAUCUGGGUGUGCACGCUGCCCUUUGGCAUGGAGGUGGCGCAGGUGUCCACCUUCUUCAUCAAGCAGGCCAGCGUGAUGGACCGGCGCCUGGGCCCUCACUUCGACCUCCCGCCGGCAUCCGUCUUCGCGCUUGCCGCGGUCGCCAUGAUCGCCACGGUGGCGGCCUACGACAAGGUGCUGGUGCCGUACCUGCGGCGCGCCACGGGAGGGGAGCGCGGGAUCAGCAUCCUUCGGCGCGUGGGCAUCGGCAUGGCGUUGGCGGUCGUCGGGAUGGGCGUCGCGGCGGCGGUGGAGCGGCGGCGCCUGCUGGCGGCGUCGGCCGCCGCGGGGUCGGGGUCGGGGUCGUCGCCGUCGGUGCUGUGGCUGGUGCCGCAGUUCGCGCUGAUGGGCGUGGCGGACGGGUUCGCGGUGGUGGGCCUGCAGGAGUACUUCUACGAGCAGGUCCCCGACGGCAUGCGCAGCCUGGGCAUCGGCCUCUACCUCAGCGUCAUCGGCGCGGGAAGCUUCCUCAGCAGCCUGGUGAUCACGGCGGCGGACCGCGCCAGCUCCCGCGGCGGGCGCGCCGGAUGGUUCGCCAAGGACCUCGACCGCAGCAGGCUGGACCUCUUCUACUGGCUGCUGACGUGCAUCGGUGCAGUCAACCUGGCAUUCUACGCGCUCGUCGCCACCAAGUGCUCGUACAACAAGCAGACCGUCAGGGUCGGCGACGACAAAUUCGCCGCCGCCGGUGACGACGACGUCGAGUGCGCCGCCGCGUAGGUACGGACUACGGUGUGGUCAUGGAACCAACCAUGCACGCAUGCCAUUAGCAGCUGCAGGAUCGUCCUGUUGUUAUUAGCGGCUAGUAAUUACGUAAGAAGUGUACGUACGUACGAUAAUACGGCUAGCUUGUAGUAGUCGCGUCGAUCGAUCGUGUUGUUGCUCUCACACAAGGAUUGCUGUAUGUACUGGCUGUGGCUGGCGCAUUGUCGAAUGUACUUGUACAAUUGCUGUU